AUGGAGGGGAGGAAAAUCUACAUUGCCUUCAUCUCUGUGACUUGGCUCAAACUGGCUCUUCAAGACCAUCAACUGCAGCAGAGGGUCCAGGUUCACUUAGAAACUGAGUAUCCUGAAGUAGUUUUGUGUGUUGGAGAAAUGUGUUUUGGUGUAAAAGCAAGGCAGAAGAUGCCCAAAGCCUCAAAACAAGAUCAAAAACACACCCUUGCCCGUGCCCUGUGUGCCCUGCUGAACUCUGGAGGAGGGGUGGUAAAAGCAGAGAUUGCAAAUGAAGGCUACAGUUUGGAGAGAGAUGGCAUUGGAGCAGACUUAGAAGAGGCCUUUCGGUCUCUCCUUUUGAUUGUAGAGUGGGAAAAAUACCUGGACUUGGAACAGCAAGGUAACAACCUCCUGAUCUUUGUGAAAGCCUGGAGCAGCGAGAGCACAGCCUCAGGGUCUGCAAGUGCAAAGCCUCGGAUCUGCAGCCUGGGCACUGGGCUGUACACAAAGAGUGGAGCUUCUCUUCCCCACAUGAACCCUACUGAAGCUCUUCUGUUCCUUACAGGAAAGCAGGAGGAAGCCAGGAGAGAAGAGAGCAGCCUGGAACCACCUGAGAAAAUCAGGCAGACAACAGAUGAUGAAGGGGACGGGAGGGAUAUCUGGAGUGUUGUUUCAGAGCUGUAUGAUCGGGACCAACUGCAUCAUGGAGAGAAGUUGCCUUUCACAGAGUCAAGAUAUGUGGCAUUUAAGCACUACUCAACGGACAACUUCCUGACUCAUGUCAGGGAAGUGCUGCCUCAGUAUAUUGCUGGGUUUGCAAACACAGAUGGUGGGUAUCUGUGGAUUGGGGUGGAUGAUGAUGGCAGAGUGCAGGGAUUCAGCUGUGAUGAUGAGGAGCAGAGAAAGCUAGAAGAUCUCAUCAAAUCCAUUAAAUACAACUUAAUUGCCUUCCACAUGUGCCAGAUGGAUGACUGGUGCCACGUGUACAAUGACCACAAACUAUUCCCAGUGUGUGGACUGGAUGGAGAGCGCCGUCGCCACGUCUGUGCUGUGAGAGUUCUGCCCUACAGUUGUGUCCUGUUUGCUGAAGCCCUGGACUCGUGGGUCGUGGGACAUUACACAAUCAGGAGACUGGGAGUAAAGGAGUGGGUUAAGAGGAUGACUGAUACAGAUCCAGGUCUUGCAAGGCUUUCUUCGACCUUCAGGCAAGAGCUGAGUCUGACAGGGAGGCCACCUCUUGCCAAGGCAGUUUAUUCAGCCCAAGGAGCUGACAGUGCUGCUACCCUUUGUGAGAACCUCUUUCCAGUGAGCCCUGCCAGCAUCACAUGUACCCCAGAAAAACUCAGGGAAGAUCUCCUCCAGGAGCAUCCAGGAUUGGAUAGCUUAAUUGAAAGCCAACUCCAGCCCUUCUCAGAGGGAGUUCUGAUAUUUUCCAGGAGCUGGGCUGUUGAUGUCGGCUUGCCAGCAAACCAGCUCAUCAUUUGUGAUGUUCUCCAAGUAGCCAAGGACAGGCCACCUAUCCUUUAUACAGUCUGCAAGCAGAUCUCAGAGGCCUUGGUUGGGUACUCCAGGAGCACAGCCCGGAGGCUGAAGGAGAAAUUAGUCAACACAGGAGGCUAUAUCCACAAGCUGUGUGUAAUACCCAAGCUGCUGACAUUGCCUGCCCAGGGGAGCUGUGGAGAAGAGUGGGAUCAGAACAUUGAACAGAAGUAUCCCCCUGGCUACGGCCUGGUCAGCAGUGACAACCUGAGGGACCUCUUGCAUGCUCUCACAGUCGCUCUGCUGACUUUCAAGUCCUUUUUAAGUGACAGAGUUGGCUCUGAGUUUCUGAACCUCUUGACCCUCAGACAAUACCAGGUGCUGUCAGAAAAUCUUCCCAGAACUAAGAAGCUCUAUGUGUAUGGUCUGCCAGGCACAGGGAAAACAGUGGUGGCCCUGAAGAUCAUGCAGAAAAUAAGACUCAUGCUGCAGUGCUCACGAGAGGAAGUUCUUUAUAUCUGUGAGACCAAGGGCCUGAGAGAUUUUGUGCGGCGGAAAACACUUUUCCAAGCUGUGACCAGAGAAGAGUUUUUGAAGGAGAGCUUCAGCACUGUGAAGCACAUAAUCAUUGAUGAAGCACAGAGUUUCCGAGAUCAGGAAGGUGAUUGGUAUGGGAAAGCCUUGAGACUGACUUCAUCACAAGAGCUCCCUGAGCCUGGCUUCCUCUGGAUUUUCUUGGAUUACUUACAGACAAGUCACAGCUUCCCAACUGGCCUUCCAGAUGCAGCUCAGCAUGAUCCUGUCGAGUCGCUGACCAAUGUGGUUCGCAGUGCCAGCAGCAUCUAUGGCUAUGUAAGAGACAGAAUGAAAGAGAUUGUAGAGCAUCCCAGCCAGGGGAUUCCCAUCCCAUGUCUGAGAAGCUUGGUAGAGAGGGCCACCUGUGCUCACCCUGUGACAGGCAGGUUAGAAAUACAGCAGAUAAGAUUUACUGAAACAAGUCAGUAUGUGGCAGGACGCUGUAGAGAAUACCUCAGGGAGGGCUACUCAGCGAAGGAUAUUGCUGUGCUGUUCUGCAGAGAUACAGAUGGACAGGCAAAUGCCCACUGGAGCUUGCUGGCAGAAAGUUUAGGACUUAAUUCAAGGAUACCAUUCCUGACACUGGAGAGCAGCUCCUGGAGGGAGCAUGCCGUUAUUGACAGCAUCCAGAAUUUUGCUGGCUUGGAGAGGAGCAUUGUGUUUGGUAUUAUUCCUCCAUCUGUGCAGGAAGAGGAAAAGCUUUUAACUAAUCUCUUGGUCUGGAUAGCAUCCAGAGCAAUUUCAGAUCUGCACUUACUGUUCAUGCAACGAAGCUCCUCGUGAUCGGGUCAGAGGCUGGAGAUGUUUCCACUGCCUGAAACAGGAGGACAUCCUUGUUCCUCUCUAAAAGCCCAGACAUUCCUGGGGAGCUUCCCCAGCCCACAUGAAAUCAAUUCUCAGUCAGUAUAUGUUAGAAGAGAACAGAAUCAUUUAGGCUAGAAAAGGCCUUUGAAGGUGAUCAACCAUUACCCAGCACUGCCAGGUCACCAUUAAAGCCAAAGCCCCAUGGUGCUACUGCUCAGCUGUCAUGGCUUGAGUUGAAAUGUGCUGCUGUUAUUCAAGCCCAUCCUGCCUCAUGCCAGUGUCAAAAGGAAAGUGCUGGGUGCAGCAAAGUAUUCUGGAGAUCAGAGUGUAAGAGGGGAGGCUUCCUGCCCUGGUUGCUGCUUUCAGGCUGUUAUGAAUAACCAGUCAACUUUAGUUAAUAACAACAAUUAUAUUUUA